AUGUCAUCCUCUGGUAUUAUGGACUCGUCAACCAUGAAUAACGAUGCCCGUUCUGGCGAGCUGUUUUCGUUUUUCGAUAAUGCAAUGGAUUAUUUUACGGUAACUCGUGAAGAAGCGUUCGAGAAGCUCUUAUCAAGAGCUAACCAAUUGCCUCGUAAAUUUGAAAAGUCAAAGAUAUGUUGCGAGCAGCUCAAGCAACGGUAUCUGACAAAGCUGAGAUCUGUUGAACAACGUUUGGAGCAGAUGAAUUCACUCAAGAGAGAAUUGACAAGCGAAUGCGAAGAGCUGCAACAGAGAGAAAGUUGUCUUGGGAGUGAGAUAGCCGACUACCAAGUUAAACGUGAAGGUUUUUUUUUGAAUAUUUACUUAUUAUCUUUCUCAUCAGUUUGGAUGUGUUGGUGA